AUGGCUUUCCCUCAGCAGAAGUCACCAGCGCCUAAUGAUCAACGUGCGACUAGCCUAGAACUCUUGAAGGACUCCUAUCAAGCUCUCAAAAAAUUCAAUAAAGCCAUUUGUAAAAAGGCCCAGGGUGUCUCCCUCAAUCGAUCCCCACAUGCCAAUUUCCUUUCCAUUGUCCAAGAGCUUCUGGGACAUUUCAAAAUGAUCAUCGACCAUCAGACAGGUAAUCCAAAAGACAAUGCCCGAUUGGUCAAGGAUUGCCCCCGCAAACUACCACUCAGAAAUCUCUUCUCGGCAAUCAGACCUGCGUCCCCUGUCAAGAGCUCACCAAUCUUGGGUCUAAUGAGCUACAUUUACAAGGCCAAACUUGAACAAUGUCAAGGCCCAUUCUCACUUGUUCGACAGGCUUGUGUCAAUGAUGAUUCGGAACAUAUUGGCCAAUGUUGGGAGCGUAUUUUGGCGGCCUUUGGAGAGGGAAUCAGAAUUUUCAUGAACCGACAUCAGAUUUUCAUGAACGACGUGCAACAUGACCCAAAAACCAGUCAAUUUCAAGUCUGCGUAGGAAACGUUUUUUACCCUUUUCUGGCUCAUGUUGUAGGCUUGCAAGACUCAAUGAACCCACAACGGCUGAGUGAAUAUGUGCAGAGAUCUCUUAGGGACGCAGGGGAAGCCUUGAGCAUGGGAUCACCGGAAAAUAAGGAGUUGAUACGUGACCCUACCAUAUUUGGUCCUGUGAUACUAUCCCAAAUUAUUUUUGACCACUCUGACUUCAUUACCGCCAACACAGCGUUACGGCUAUCCUUAAGACAGCUCGGCGAGAUUGGUUCAUCAAGAUCUUCCCAGCCAAAAGAUUUGGGAAAAACUUUCAAGAAGAAAUGGUAUCUCAGUUAG